CUGAAAUCGAUUCUUAGACCUGCACCUAGUGAAAGGUGAUUUGGAUGGAGAUGAAGGCGGUGGUGUCCUAUCUCGGGGUUUUGCUUCUAUUUGUGUGGCUUUCUUCAAGCCAAGCCCUUUACUUUCACAUCGGGGAGACAGAGAAGAAAUGUUUUAUAGAAGAAAUUCCCGAUGAAACCAUGGUGAUCGGAAAAUACAAAACACAAAUGUGGGACAAACAGACUGGCUCUUUUCUGCCAUCCACUCCUGGCUUAGGCAUGCAUGUGGAAAUCAAAGAUCCAGAUUCAAAGAUCAUACUGUCUCGACAGUACGGUUCAGAUGGUCGCUUCACCUUCACAUCCCACACACCGGGCGAGCAUCAAAUCUGCCUCCACUCCAACUCCUCCAAGAUGGCACUGUUUGCUGGUGGAAAACUGAGGGUGCACUUGGACAUUCAGGUUGGGGAGCACACCAAUAACUACCCAGAGAUCGCAGCCAAAGACAAGCUGACGGAGUUGCAGCUGAGAGCCCGACAGCUUCUGGAUCAGGUGGAACAAAUCCAAAAGGAGCAGAACUACCAGAGGUACCGUGAAGAACGUUUCCGAAUGACCAGCGAAAGUACAAACCAGCGAGUUCUCUGGUGGUCCAUCGCUCAGACCAUCAUCCUCAUCAUCACCGGCAUCUGGCAAAUGAGACAUCUCAAGAGCUUCUUUGAGGCCAAAAAACUGGUCUAAAAUAGACUUUUAGAGAUGCCACCUCGAGUCACUUGUUUCUUAAGCAUGAAAUUGCCCAAUGGGUCAUUCCAUUAUUUUUUUUUUAUGCAUUACGGUUCCUUUUGAGUUUGUGAGGACUGUGGGACUUUCAGACAAAGAUGUUGAAUUAAGUUUGAAACAUGCGGAAUAUUAACACACUUUGUUAUGUGACUUUUAUUCUGCUGUAUACAAUGUAAGUAUUAACUCCUAAAAAUAAUCAUGUGAUGAGAAUGUUAUGGCUUUAAGUGAUUAUUAUUAUGGGUGCACAAUAUUUACUGUUAACUUAAAGAAUUGAUAAUGGAUAAAUGUGAAAAAUCUAAUUAUUUCUACACUUCUUUCCUUUUAAAAUAUUUAUAUAGUGAGGUAUGUUGAGGUUUUUGAAUCUGUGGCUUAGGCUCAUGUUUUGUGUAGUUUGGCUUACGUCAUAAUAGUCAUAAAUAUUUCAACAUUUUAGGGACUUUCUUACAAAAUGAUUUGUUUCUUCUCAUUGUUCUAUUUAAGUUUAAUGAUGUGAUUUAUUUAUUCAUUGGCUUGACCACGGAUUUUCUGUCAGUAAUAAAAAAUAAACUAGA